AUGGCGCUCGACGAGCCUCCGAAGAUUCCCCAUCCUGGUGCUUUGAAUGGGAGUUUUGCAGACGUCAUAGCCACGGCACUCACCGAUACCUCAUACCAAAACGCUAACGAAACCCGGGAACCCGUUGCACGAAACGGUAGCAUGCGCGUUCAUGAUCGCUGCUAUAGCUUAGACGCUAUGCCAUCACGGUCAAGGAGCAACGGACAUGUCUCACCACAGGCUUUUAUGUUACCCUCCCCAACCGGAGUGUCUCCUGGAUUACCCGGACUCUCCUUACCGGAUACCCCUUCCGCUCGGACAGGCCCCCCACGGUCACUUUCGUAUCACUUUACCCCAGCUUAUUCCCCUGCCAUGUCGCAGAUGAUGAUUCCACGUUAUGAUGAUCCAGACAGCGCAGAUAUCUAUGAAAGUGAUGGUGCUGGGAUUCCCUCCCAUCCUGAUCCGCACCGAUUUGCGUCAUUCCGCGAUCCUCUGGAAUUACAUAACUCCGAUUCCGAAGAAAGGAUACGCGGAAGAAACGGUGUCAACCGGGACAAGAGAAAAACUAUGAGCGAUAGUUGGACGCCAUUCCGACGGUUGCAGGAGCCUUCCGCGAAGAGUAAAGGGAAGGAGAAAGAGAAACCCCCUAUCGAUGAACGAGCCCCUUUACAACAGGACGAUGGCCGGGAAAAGCAGGCGCAUGAUCAACAGCAUACAAACAGCUUGAAGGACCCGAAACUCUUGCUCCCGAGUGUGGAAAGAAGCAGAGUUCCGACAGGUGGGCAAAGGUGCUGGUUACUCAUGGCACCAAUGGUACAUCAUACUCCGUCCUCUCCUGAACCGACACAUUCUGUGGUUUCUCCGGAGGCUGUCCUCUCUGCUAUCAUGCUCAAGUUGUGGUUGGAGCGCGACGAGAAGGGUCACCGUCGCAUUCCGGUCCUUCUCCACCGUGUUCGUCUUCGUAUCAGUGAUAGUUUACAUCCACUACACUCGCAGAAAGCAGUGUUCCGCAUAGAGUGCGAAUACGCGAACGGUGCUAUUCGAUGGGUCAUCUAUCGACAACUCCGUGACUUUGUUUCCUUGCAUACGCAUUAUAAGGUAUCGAACACUUUCAGCGGUUUCCCAUAUCUCAAGUUCCUCAUGCGUGAGAGCAACAGGAAUGCGGUUAGCAGUGCCGACUUUGCCCGGUUACAGCGUGAAGCUUUGGAGAACUAUCUACUCCGUCUCAUCCGCGCCGUGAUGUGGCAUCCGUCUGCCAAUAGGUUGGCAGGUUUCUUGGAGAUGAGUGCCCUGUUCAUAGCCCUGUCUCCGACGGGCUUGCAAUACAAAGGCGGCUUCCUGCGCAGGCGCAAGUCAUUAGGCCGAAAGGCGCGUAAAGAAUUGCGCUGGUGUGCUGUCCGAGAGAGUAGUAUAGUCAUAGUCGAGGACCCUGGGGAGACGGUAGUUUGGGACGUCUUCCUGCUAGACUCCGACUUCCUCAUCAUUCAACCUGUGCGUUACUACCGAAAGGGCUUUCAUCUUCUCCGGCAUGAAUCAUCAGAUGAUAAUGCCCAUGGAAACCAUACCGCCCGGGAGGUUGUCCGCACUGUUCCGGAACAUGAGGCAAAAUGUCCUUCUUUCAUGGAAUCCUGCAAGAGCCAGUUGUCACGCAUGCGGAGGACUAGGGACGCGCAGCCCACGAUCGAGGAGAAGGGGCAGGGAGGGAAACGGCCACAAGACGUAUCUAAGCACACAUUUUACGUCCAAAAUUCGCAGAUGAAAUUGAAAUUGACUGCGCGUAAUGAACGUCAGAUGUUGCAAUGGAUCACGGCACUGCAGAAAGCUUCCAGGUUUUCCCCUUGGGUGGCAAAGAAUAGGUUUGAUAGUUUCGCCCCUGUACGGACGAACGUGGCUGCGCAGUGGCUCGUUGAUGGGCGCGACUACAUGUGGAAUCUUUCUAGGGCCCUUAUGAUGGCAAGAGAGACGAUUUACAUCCAUGAUUGGUGGCUUUCGCCGGAGCUCGAGCUACGUCGUCCGAACAAACUGAAGUACCGUCUGGACAACAUUCUGGAGCGAAAGGCAAAGGAAGGUGUCAAAAUCUUUAUCAUCAUAUACCAGGAAGUAUCGAGCAGAACCACUCCAACAGACAGCAAUUAUACGAAGCAAAAACUAACUUCACUUCAUCACAAUAUUAUGAUUCAGCGUUCACCAUCUCACUUUCAAACUGGAACGUUCUAUUGGGCUCAUCAUGAGAAGCUUUGUGUGAUUGAUCAAACUAUCGCGUUUGUAGGUGGUAUUGAUCUUUGCUUUGGGAGGUGGGAUACCCCUCAGCACGCCCUUGUAGACGAUGCUGGGUUGAACCCAAACAAAGUUGAAAUUUGGCCUGGCAAGGACUACAGCAAUCCGCGAGUCAUUGACUUUCAUACAUUGAAUAAACCCGAUGAAAAUAUGUACGAUCGGUCGAAGGUUCCCCGAAUGCCAUGGCACGAUGUUGGAAUGCAGAUUGUUGGGCAACCAGCACGAGAUCUUGCUAGGCAUUUCAACCACUCGAAGCCGAUGCCAUUCCUCCUACCUCCUCCUGAAUUCAAGCAGACCGAACUUGCUGCGCUGGGUUUGACUGGGACCUGUGAAAUGCAGAUCUGCCGUUCUGCUGGGCCAUGGUCACUUGGCACACCAGAUCGGGUUGAGCAUUCUAUUCAAAUUGCAUACGUGCACGCAUCCGAGCAUUUUGUGUACAUAGAAAACCAGUUCUUUAUCACAUCCACCGUUGUCAACGACGUCAAGAUUGAGAACAGUAUUGGGGAUGCACUCGUAGAACGAAUCGUUCGCGCCCACCGGGAGCGCACUCCUUGGAGGUGCUGCAUCAUUAUUCCUUUGUUCCCUGGAUUCCCGUUUCCCAUCGAGCAUGGUGACGCAAGCGCGGUUCGGAUUAUUGUCGAGUGUCAAAAUAGAUCCCUUUUCCGUGGACCUAACUCCAUAUAUGCCCGCCUCCGUAAGGAGAAUAUCAAUCCCAUUGACUAUAUCUCGGUCUUUUCGUUGAGGAACUGGGGCAAAUUACGGAAUAAUGUUCUCACAACUGAGAUCGUUUAUGUCCAUGCGAAGGUAUGUAUCGUGGACGAUAGGCUAGCUAUCAUCGGGAGUGCAAACAUCAAUGAACGUUCCCAACGGGGAGACCGGGAUUCCGAGAUAGCUGCUGUCAUCCGUGACACUGACAUGAUCAAUGGCACGAUGGCAGGACGCCCGUUCCAAGUUGGACGCUUCGCUCACUCGCUGCGCGUCCGCCUUAUGCGGGAGCAUGCUGGAGUUGACGUUGACGCUCUAUCCGAGGAGGAACAUGCACCAAGUCAGCGUCAGCCACGUAAGCCUGAGGAGGCACAGGAGGCAUGUGACCCUCAUGAAAAAGUAGACGAGGGGCAGAAACAAACAGAAUCAUCUCAUGGAGAACCUUCACAGAAUGUGCUGGAAGAUGUGGCGGAGGAAUUAAAGCAAGAGGCGUUGCGAGAGGAACGCACGACUUUCACUCCUGAAGGAGAGCAGGUACCAGGCUUUGCUAGUGCGGUAGUACCGACGCUAGAGGAACAGACCAUUAACGAGGGUCGGCCUCCGUCCGCCCAAGCGGAGUCUUCGCCUCUCGGAGAGAAUUUGGUGAAACGUGACCAACCCGAGAUGGGUGGUGAUGACCCGCCUGAGGCACACAUCUCAGAUGACCAGGCCUAUGCGGCGCCAACAAACGCCUCGAAGAGUGCUCUUACGGACGAUGCGGUGCCACAUAUGCACUCAGGGACUAAAGGUGCCAGUGAAGAGGAGCAGCAUGCCCCUCGUGGCCGAUCGAACUCGCAAAAGCAUCUUGCAGGGACACUGGGGAAUAAAACGUGGACUUUGCCUACACCUGCUCCUCAUAUCGCUCCUGAUUACUUUGAGGAUCCGAUCUGUGAUAAGUUCUGGAAGAACGUGUGGGUUGCGUGCGCUGUGCAUAAUACGGAGAUUUAUCGCAAAGUAUUCCAUACGGUACCGGACGACACGAUAUCCACGUGGAAGCAAUACACGGAGUUCGUUGCACACCACGAACGUUUCUGGAAGCCCCGCAAGGACAGUCCAUCUGUUGCGCCCGCUUCACGGGCGCACUCUGGGACAAGGGAAGAUCGGUCGACUUCUGACAAUGUCCAGGGGACCAAAGAAGGUGCGCAGGGAAGGGAAGGGGACUCCAGCGAUAGAGAGCUUCCGAAAGUGAAACCCCAACGCUAUGGUGUGGGGCCCUUUGACAGAGCGGAGUUGGAGGCGAUGGAGAAUUUACUGAAGGAGACGCGUGGACACCUAGUGAUCUAUCCGUCGCGAUUUUUGGAGAGUGAAGACAAAGCAAAUAAUUUCAUUUUUAAUGCCGACAGGCUGUUACCUCUUCCGAUCUACGAUUAA